UUUUACUAUUUUAGCAUGAAAUUGUACCGGCGGAGUUGAUCGGCCGAAUCGCCUCACUCAAGCAUGGGGGCACGUAUAAAGUAUUGAAGAAUUUGCUCAAGCACAAGCUGGUGCAUCAUGACUCCUCAAAUUAAGUAUUGGUGUGGGAAAGGAGUCGGGUAUAUAAGAUGGCACAGUUCUUGCUAUGAAGUUACACAGGCUUGGCCUUGGAAGAACAUGGUUUUCCUGUUCCAAAUGCAGUGGAUUGCAAUCGGCAUUGUGUUAUCAUGUCACUCGUCCAAGGUUACCUGCUGUGUACUUUGACAGCGAUAUUGAGUGCAUCGAAUGUGAUGAUUCAGAUGUAGAAUUAGAUAGAAGUUGCCGGCCUCAGUUUUCAGACAUAAAUAAAGUUUCUGGUUGCCUGGACAAGGAACUUGAAGCAAGUGGUUUCACUAGAAAGGAUCAAGAUGAUAUGGAGAAGGAAGGAGAUAACUUGCACGAAGGUGAUUCAGAAGCCAAUCAAAACAUUUUGCAUCAGCAUACUUCCAACGCGCCUAGACAAAGUAGCGAAAUGGCCCGGUUGAGCACCAUGAUAUAUAGUUCAGCGGACGAUAAUUCUGAAAAAGAAGAGGAGCAUGAUGAUGGCCCAGAACUUGAAAAGCGUCUGACCAAGCAACGACAACGUGCCAUCCAGGCUGCUCGUGGGAGGACGAAAGGUAUAACCUCUAGAAAUAGUUACAAGGACAAAGGUGGGAAGUCCUCUCACAAUUCAAAGAUCCAAAAACAAUUGGCAGCUGGUGAGAUUAAUGGCUAUUGUAUCGUACUCGUUGUGAAACGAUUCUAAGGCAAUGAGCAGCUCAGAUUCGAGAAGAGAUAUAGUAUGGUGCAUGUAUUUCUUAAUAUUCUAGGGAAUAGAACUGAGUGUAAACUAGCAUGAAUUUUCUCUUUUGUUUAAUAUUAUUAAUACUAGUGUUAGCCCACGCGCUACGCGCGAUACAUAA